AUGCCGCCUAAAAAGAGAUUGAGCUACGACGAAUCUUUUGUAAAGUUCGGGUUUAUCGUGAUAAGCGCAGGCGGAGAAGAGAAACCGCAGUGCGUUUUGUGCCAUAAAGUGUUUGCAUGCUCUUCACGAAAGCCUUGCAAACUGAAGAGACACUUGGAAACGCAUCAUCCAAAUUCGAAGGACAAAGGUGCAGACUUCUUCAAACGUCAUGGUCAAAAUUCUAGAUUUGAUAGCAUGGGAAAGUUUUUUAAGGAAAAUACAGCUGCUUUAAAAGCCUCCUAUGAAGUUUCGAGAGAAAUAGCCAUUGCCAAAAAGCCCCACAACAUCGGCGAACAGUUGAUCCUGCCAUGCUGCAAAAUUAUAAUGUCGAAUUUGAUGAGUGAGUCUGAAGUUGAAAAACUGAACCAAGUAUCCCUGUCAAAUAAUACUGUAAGUCGGCGAAUUGCUGAACUUUCGAAUAACAUACUGUCACAAGUAGUCACAAAGAUACAAAAUUCAAAGUUCAACUUUUUCGCAAUCCAGCUUGACGAAACAACAGAUGUCGCUAAUCUAGCUCAACUUUGCAUAUAUGCCCGUUACAUUCAUGAAGAACAUUUGGAGGAUGAGUUUUUGUUUUGCAAAAUCCUUGACACAAAAACUACGGCAAAACACAUAUUUCGCAAGGUUGAUGAAUUUUUUGGGGAACAUAAUAUCCAAUGGAAAAACCUUGUCGGCGUGUGCACCGAUGGAGCUCCAGCGAUGCUUCGUUGUCGCUCUGGUUUUCAAACUUUGGUAAAAGAGAAGUCCCCGGACGUCGUUGGUAUUCAUUGCACUAUUCACCGCCAAGCGUUAAUGGUUAAAACAAUGCCGUAUGAAUAA